AUGCAAAGUACAAAGGCAUACAUCAAGCAGCCUAGAUUCAUUUCCACCUACGGAGAAAUUCGAACACCUGCACGUUGCAUCGUUGGACCAUUACCUACUUCACCGCAAGGACAUCGUUACCUCGUAACAAUGAUCGAUAGAACAACAAGAUGGCCAGAAGCAAUACCUACCGAUGAUACUUCAGCUGAAUCCGUCGCGAGGAUAAUUUAUGAAAAUUGGAUUACUCGUUUCGUAUCACCUAAAACCAUCACAACGGAUCAAGGAAGAAACUUCGAAAGCAACCUAUUUCUCAAACUUCUUCAAACUAUGGGAAUACAGAAGACACGUACAACGGCAUACCAUCCUCAAUCAAACGGAAUAGUCGAACGAUGGCAUCGUAUAUUGAAGACCGCACUCAAAACUCGUUUAUCUCAACAUACAAAGUCGAUUGAUGAGCUACCUACAGUGCUACUUGGACUACGAGCAACACCGCGUGCAGACACUAGUCUUAGUGCCACUCAGCUAACCUACGGCUGCAGCAUAAGACUACCGUGUGACUUCUUCACUGCAACAUCGUCAAAAAAUCAAGAAAUGAAUAAAGAUGUUGUAACUCAACUUCGAGAAUCAAUCAACAAAGUCUUAUCGUCAAAACGCACAUCAUCACACGGAAAUUAUAAAUCAGUAUUCAUUCAUCAAGAUUUGAAAACAUGCAAGCAAGUUUUUGUAAGAAACGACGCAGUGAAGAAACAAUUUCAACCUACCUACGAUGGACCUACCCGGAAGGAAAUCUACAAUUAUAUCGAUGGACCGACUAAAGCCUGCUUAUAUUAUCAACGAGGAUUCACCAUUAUCAUCAUCAUCAUCAUCAUCUCAACCACCAGCGAGGAAGCUUGUAAACCCAUCAUCUACAUCAACCCAGAUGAAAGCUAUUUUAAAAUUACGAGACAUGGGCGAGUCGUCAAGCCUCCGGUACGCUUUCGCUAG